AUGGCAGAAGGAAUAGCAUUUGACUUCGUGGGGAAAAUCUUGCUAGGCUUGGGGUCCUUGGCUCUCGGAGAAGGCAAAUUGACAUGGGGUGUUAAAGAUGAGAUUCAAAAACUCAACAACACUGUCAACACUAUCAAAAAUGUACUUCUCGAUGCUGAAAAGCAGCACAGAAAAAUGAACUAUGCGGUGACAGACUGGGAUGAGAAUGUUUCAAUCAUUUCCAUAUUUGGGUUUGGAGGAGUAGAUAAGACUGCACUUGCUCAACUUUUAUACAAUGAUGAGCAAAUCAUAAACUACUUUCAAUUAAGGAUGUGGGUCUACGUAUCUAAUACCUUUAAUGUGAAAAUGAUUGUGGACAAGAUCCUAAAAUCUGCAACUGGUAAGAAAAUUGAAGGACUUGAAAUUGAUCAAUUACAAGAAUGCCUACGCAAAGAAAUGAAUGGGAAAAGAUAUUUACUAGUGUUGGAUGAUAUAUGGAAUGUAAAUCCUAAUACAUGGAAUGAAUUAAAAAAUUUGUUAAUGGAUGGUGAACGAGGAAGUAAGAUACUAGUGACUACAUGUAAUGAGCAGGUUGCUAGAGAACUUAAAUCUUAUGUCUAUCCCUUGAAAGUGCUAGAUGAAAACAAGUAUUGGUCUUUGUUUACAAAAGUAGCCUUUGAACAUGGGAUAGAGCCAAAAGAUUCAGAACCAGUAGAGAUUGGAAAGAAGAUUGUAGCAAAGUGUGGAGGAGUUCCUCUUGUUAUAAUGACUAUAGGACACCAUUGUUAUAAGAUCCAGAAGCAAAAGCUAAUUUAUCUUUGGAUGGCACAAGGGUUUCUUCAAGCAUCAAAUGAGGAUUGUCCAGAAGAUGUAGGUAAGAUCCCUGAUCUUAUGCAUGACCUUGCACAAUUAGUUGCAAGAACUGAAUGCACCUUACUGACUUUAGGCACGGCUAAAGAUGUGGAUGCAAGAUGUCGUCAUGUAUCAAUUGAUUGUGGUGAAACCUCUCUCAUUGUGACAAGCUUAAGGAACUACCAAGAGAUAUUGGAAAAAAUGGUAAAUCUCAGGCAUCUUAUAAACAAAAUAUGUGAUUCCUCAAUUGGAAUGCCAUAUGGAUUAGGAUGCUUGAGUAAUCUUCAGACUCUAUCACUAUUUGUAGUAAGUCAAAUAAAAAGGGAACACAAUGGGAUAGAGGAAUUGAAUGGGUUGAACAACUUGAGAGGGAAACUAAAUAUAAAGAAUUUAAAAUAUGAAGAAAAUGGCAAGUUGGCCAAUUUAGAAGGAAAGAGAUUUCUUCAGUCUCUUAUAUUGGAUUGGGGGAGAACUAAUGAUGGAGAGGUUCAAGGAAGUGAUGAAGUGGUGUUAGAAGGUCUAAGACCACACCCAAAUCUGAAAAAAAUUAUUACAAGUUCACUCAUAGGUGUGAAGGGGUGUAGCUGGCUUUCCUCCCUCACAAAAUUAACUUCAAUUAGUACAAAAGAAUGUAGGAGAUGCCAACGUAUCCCACUGUUGGAUCAAUUACCUCAUUUGAAGAGUUUGUCUCUUGCAUAUCUAGACGUUGUGGAAUACAUUUCAGAUGAAGCAAGUAACAAUUGUUCAACAUUCUUCCUCUCACUUAAAGAACUGGCCCUCUACAAUUGUCCUAAAUUGAGAAGAUGGUGGAGGAGAGAUAAUGAUGUAAAUUUUCCUUCAUUUCCUUGUCUUUCCAAAUUGUAUAUCCAAACUUGCCCCAAACUGACGUUCAUGCCGUUGUUUCCAUCUCUGGAAGAUCUAAAAUUGUGCGAGACCAGCUGGAAACCGCUGGAACGGACGAUGAUGUUGAUGAAUAUAGAAGGAGCAUCGACUUCCUCUAGCUUUUCUGCCCCCCUCUCCAAUUUAAAGUCUAUGCAUAUUGUUAAAAUUCCUGAUCUAGAAUCUCUACCAAUGGAUGGGAUGCAAAAGCUCACUUCUCUACUGGAUUUGAAAAUUUUGUCAUGUCCAAGACUGACUCACGUUGAUCAAGAUAUAAAAUUUCUCCCCUCCCUCCAAAAUCUGACUGUCAUACCCAGAGACUUACUGGUGGAUGAGAAGCGAUUGCAAAUUCUCCGGAGGACGCCUGAGAGCAAGGAUGGGUCAGCUGUAAUUUCUCCUGUGAAGGAGGAUGCUGAAAUUGCUCUUAAGGCGAAAGAAUGGGAAGUGGGGAUGUUCUGA